CAAAUAAAUAAUUUUUGUUUAAAAAAUCCUAACAAAAAAAAAAUAAGUUAUUUUGAGCUAAUUUAUAAUCAAUAAGUGGAACAGUUUAUUAAUAUUUGUAAGGAUAAAAAUGAGUGCUUUCCAAGGGGUAGUUUAUCCAUCCGGAUCCCUUUAUGUUGGAGAUCUUCAUCCAGAUGUUACUGAAGCAGUGCUAUACGAGAAGUUUAAUAGGGUGGGUCAAGUUCUUUCGCUUCGAGUUUGUCGUGACGCAAGAACCAGACAGUCUUUGGGAUAUGGCUAUGUAAACUAUAAUCAGGUAAUGGAUGCAGAACGAGCUAUGGAUACCAUGAACUUCGAUUUGCUAAAAGGUAAACCUAUUCGUAUAAUGUGGUGUCAUCGUGAUCCUUCCCUAAGAAAAUCUGGAAUUGGCAAUGUGUUUAUUAAAAACUUAGAUAGAAGUAUUGAUAAUAAAGCCAUGUUUGAUACAUUUUCUGCAUUUGGAAAUAUCCUCAGCUGUAAAGUUGCAAUAGAUGAUAUUGGUCAUUCAAAAGGUUAUGGGUUUGUGCAUUUUGAAAAUGAACAGGAUGCAAAAAAGGCUAUAGAAAAAGUUAAUGGUAUGUUACUCAAUGGUAAAAAGGUGUUUGCUGGUAAAUUUAUUCCUAGAGUAGAAAGAGAGAGAGAGCUUGGUGAACGUGCCAAACAAUUUACUAAUAUAUAUGUCAAAAAUUUUGGGUCAGCUAUGUCUGAUGAUACAUUUGUUACCAUGUUUAAUAAGUUUGGUGAAAUCACAAGUUGUGUGGUGAUGAGACAUAUGGAUGGCUCAUCUAAAGGAUUUGGAUUUGUGGCUUACAGAGAGGCAAAAUCGGCACAUGCAGCUAUUGAAGAAUAUAAUGGUAAAGAGUUUGAUGGAAAAGUGUUAUAUUUAGCAAGAGCACAGAAGAAAAUUGAGCGGUAUAAUGAAUUAAAGAAAAGAAUUGAAAAAAUUCGCUUAGAACGUUAUGAACUCUAUCAAGGUGUUAACCUAUACAUUAAAAAUUUGGAUGAUAGUUUUGAUGAUGAAAGAUUACAGAAAGAAUUUGCCCCUUAUGGUACGAUAACUUCAGCUAAAGUAAUGCGUGAGAAUGGUAGAAGCAAAGGUUUUGGUUUUGUCUGUUAUACAUCCACAGAAGAAGCCACUAAAGCUGUUGCUGAAAUGAAUGGAAAAAUGAUUGGAAAUAAACCUCUUUAUGUGGGUCUAGCUCAAAGAAAAGAAGAACGCAGAGCAUACUUGAACAGUCAGCAUCUUCAAAGAGCACAAGCAUUAAGAAUUCAAAAUGGUCUAACUUUCCCUACAACUACACCACCUUUCUUGUUUCCAACAGUUGCCCAAGGACCAAGGUUUUUCAAUCACAUUAAUUCCAUAAACCAUAUUAGACCACCUGCACGUUGGCCUGCUGUUUCCAAUGCUAUCAGACCCAAUGGUACAUAUAACUUAGCAUUAAUAAAUUCUCCACAUAGAGUUUCAUCUAGAACUUCUGUUAAUACCCGCAAUUCUGUCAACGCAAGACCUAUUACUGGCCAACAAACAGCACCUUCAAGGCCUAACAGCAAGUAUACCAAUUCCUCCAACAACUCUGCCAGGCCUGCACUAGCAGGAGUUGGUAAUGGUGGAGACAUUCCAAAUAAUGGUCUUCCAAAUGUACAAGACCAGAAGCAAAUAAUUGGGGAGCAGCUGUUUACUAUGGUUCAUAAAAUGUGUCCUGAAAUUUCUGGUAAAAUUACAGGAAUGUUGUUAGAAAUUGAUAAUUCUGAACUUCUUCAUCUUCUUGAAGACAAGGAUUCAUUGAAGGCCAGAGUCAACGAGGCCAUUGCUGUGCUCCAAGCUCAUAAUGCUAAUCUCAAAAAGGUGAUCCUAGUGGAAGAUUAAUAGUUUUAUGCUGUAAGAUAUUAUUCAUGGUUUGUUAUAUUCAUAAGUGUUCAGCUUUUUGUGUUAAUGGACCUAUAAUAAUGUUGUUAAAGUUAUUACUUAUAUUUUACUAUUUUGCUAAUUAGAAAUAAUUGGAAAGAAAUAUCAUAACCGUCUAUUUUACCCUUUUUUAAUAUUUACUGGAAAAAAU